AUGAAGUGCAGCACACUUGUAUCAGUUACAUCAAUUCUGAGCAUUAUUAGGCCUGCACUUGCUUUGGAUGGCUACACUUGUCUUGGACAAAAUAUUACGCACGAUUUUCUCAUGAGUAAUAUUGACAAACACUACCACAACAUAUUGGAACAUUUUCCCUUGCACCCAUUCUUUACAACUGAUGGUGCAAUUAUUUAUUGUGAUGUUCUCUACAAUUUUGCUGGUCAUGACACCCCGCCAGAUGGAAAUUCGAUGAUAAGAAUUUCAUUCUAUAAAUCAAAGGCAAUUUACGGAGUGCAAGCAUAUGUAUCUAGUCAGGUCCAUGAGUGUCAACCCAUUGCUAUCUGGUCGUAA